AGCGACUGUCAGGCUCUUGAAGUCGGAACAUCACGUCAAAGGUUACAUCUGAUCACCACAAUGGCUGCCUGCAUCUUCUGCAAGAUUAUCCGGGGCGAAAUCCCCUCAAUGAAGAUCUUCGAGAGCGAGAAAACCUUAGCUUUUCUAGACAUUGGACCUCUGAGUAGAGGACAUUCGCUCGUCAUCCCAAAAUUCCACGGCGCGAAACUCCACGAUAUUCCCGACGACCAGCUGUCAGAAGUGCUCUCCGUUGCGAAGAAGAUUGCCAUUGCACAGGGGGUCGAGGAUUACAAUAUUCUGCAGAACAAUGGAAGGAUUGCACACCAGGUUGUCGAUCAUGUGCAUUUUCAUAUGAUUCCGAAGCCUAAUGAAACUGAGGGUUUAGGAAUUGGGUGGCCGACGAAGGAAGCGGAUAAGGGUGAUUUAACGAAGUUGCUGGAGGAGAUCAAGUCAAAAAUGUCGAAGAUGUGAGGUGGGAUUGUGCAAGGUGUAAAUACUCCAAUUGAAAAUGGGAGAAUUUUGGCCAUUUAUAUGUUACAUUUUCGAGGUUCAGUAUUGUUUUCUUCAUUUCCUUUCAUUUCCCUUUGAACACGGGUUUCCUCUUCUCCUUGAAGGCGAGCAAUGCCUCAU